GGCUGAUGGGUUGAUUCUGAGGGGAUCCACAGCUCCUCUUUCACCGUCAUCCCCCGGUGAACUGCCCCUCUUUCCCCUCUCACCCGAGGUUGUCGUGCUGUUGUCCCCAGUUGGUUACUUGGCAUUCCUUUCCCUGCUGCUACUUCUGCCUGUAUACCCUCACCUUCACUUAUCACUACCACCGUCAACACCACCACCACCACCACCGCCACCACCAUGUCCCUCCCCCGUGCCCUCCCCAGGGCCCUGCUCCGCCGCUCCUACGGCACCGUGCAGUCCUCCCCCAGUACCGCCUCCAUUGCCAGUCGCAUUCCCGUCGCUCUGCAGGAAGCGACUGCUGCCGUAGCCCCUCGCACCAGCUGGACCCGCGAAGAAGUGCAACAUAUCUACGAGACUCCUCUAAACCAACUUACCUAUGCCGCUGCCGCCAUCCACCGGCGCUUCCACGACCCCUCCGCCAUCCAGAUGUGCACGCUCAUGAACAUCAAAACCGGCGGCUGCAGCGAAGACUGCUCGUACUGUGCACAAUCCUCCCGGCACUCGACCGGGCUAAAAGCCACCAAGAUGUCGCCCGUCGACGACGUGCUCACGGCCGCCCGCAUCGCUAAAGCCAACGGCAGCACGCGGUUCUGCAUGGGCGCGGCCUGGCGCGACAUGCGUGGCCGCAAGACCUCGCUUAAAAACAUCAAGCAGAUGGUCUCUGGCGUACGAGACAUGGGCAUGGAAGUGUGCGUCACGCUCGGCAUGAUCGACGACACGCAGGCCAAGGAGCUGAAAGAGGCCGGCCUGACCGCCUACAACCACAACCUGGACACAUCGCGCGAAUUCUACCCGUCGAUCAUUACGACGCGGUCAUACGACGAGCGUCUACAGACGCUCGCGCACGUGCGCGAUGCCGGAAUCAACGUCUGCUCCGGCGGCAUCCUCGGUCUCGGCGAGGAAGACAAGGAUCGCGUCGGCCUCAUCCACACCGUCUCGUCGCUACCCAAACACCCCGAGUCGUUCCCGGUGAACGCCCUCGUCCCGAUCCCGGGCACGCCGUUGGGCGAGCGGAAGAUGAUCUCCUUCGAUAAGCUGUUGCGGACGAUCGCCACGGCGAGAAUUGUGCUCCCCGCGACGAUUGUCCGGUUGGCCGCGGGCCGUAUCUCAUUGAGCGAGGAGCAGCAGGUGCAGUGUUUCAUGGCUGGGGCGAAUGCCGUCUUCACAGGUGAGAAGAUGUUGACGACGGAGUGUAAUGGCUGGGAUGAGGACCGCGAGAUGUUUGAGAAGUGGGGAUUCUAUCCCAUGAAGAGCUUCGAGAAGGGCGAGGAGGUCACUGUGUUGGAGGGUGAGGCUGCGCCGGUCGCGGCUCGUUCGUAGGCUAUCCGGUACGGAGGAGUAGGAGUAGUAGGAGUAGUAGUAUCCAGCAGUUUUCGAA